CGCGAGAGCACGAUGACGUGUUUAGACGCAUGAUUUUUGCUUGUCAACUUGACCAUGACAUCUAUUGUGUGACUUCUAUUGUAUAAGCAGUUUUAGCCUGUCUCCAUACUGUACUGUCUUCGAUGAUACAGCACGUUCUUAUUAUACCUCAGUGAUACAGACAAUCCAAAAAUGGCAUUCAAUAUUUUUAAACAAUCGUUGUGUGCAAGUUUUGGCGUUCUGCAGAGCCCAUAAACUUUAACCUUUGAGGCAGAGGUUCAAGCGCAUGCGUACUACAAAGACCAACGUCUAGCGCCAUGGCGGAUGAGAUAGCAAAAGCUCAGGUUGCCCAGCCCGGGGGUGAUACAAUCUUCGGCAAAAUCAUUCGCAAGGAGAUUCCUGCAAAAAUAUUAUUUGAAGAUGAUCAGUGCAUAGCCUUCCAUGAUGUUACCCCACAGGCACCUACUCAUUUUUUGGUUGUCCCAAGAAAACCAAUUGUACAACUGUCAAAAGCAGAGGACAGUGAUGCGGCUCUCCUGGGCCACAUGAUGAUAGUGGCCAAGAAGUGUGCCGAGCAGAUCGGCCUGCCCAAGGGCUACAGGCUGAUCUUGAACGACGGGCCCGACGGUGGCCAGUCCGUCUACCACAUCCACAUCCACGUGAUGGGCGGACGCCAGUUGGGCUGGCCCCCCGGCUAACUGUCCACGCAGACCGUCUACCGGCCUGACUACCAUCCGUCAUCUCUUUAUCCCCAGAUAGUCCAAUGCUGUCCCGAUGCAACUUAUUUCACUGUCAAAUCUGUCACGUAGACCUACUACUUAUUUCACUGUCAAGUCUGUCACGUAGACCAACUACUUAUUUCACUGUCAGUCUGUCACGUAGACCUAAUGUGAUGAUAUAUCAAUGGUAAAUAAAUGCACUUCACAAGCC